AUGGAUCUCGACGAAUUCUCCGACGACGGCUUCGACGAUCUCACCGACAAUGUGCUCCAGGAGCUCGAGAACAGGGCGCUGCAGUCCACCCAGGCCCAGCAUGCCCGACAUGCCGUGACGCAGCAGCUUGGCUAUGCCUGGGAGCAGGAGGACGACGACCUGGACACGACCGAGGUCAUCAACGAUGGCGGAGUCGCAGUUGGCCGUCCGAUUGUCGACAAGACGCUGCGACAACAGCAGCAGCAGCAGCAGCAGCAGCAGCAGAAACAACCGCAGCGCCCUCCGGUGCCCAACCCUCGAUGGAACCCCGCGGUUGAUGCUGCCUCCAUGGCCAAUGUCCGACCGUUGAACCAGCCCUUUAUGAGUUCACAGCGGUUCCCGGAUCCUUCGCAGGGCGCCGUCCGCCCUCAGACAGCACAAAUGACCGCUUUGCCGUUGCCUUCCCAAGGGCAGUCUGGAGCCAUGGUGACGGCACUGCAGAAACGGAUCCGAGCCCUGGAGGCUGAGCUCAACGCUGCUCGCGGUGAAGCCUCCAUCCUGCGCUCAAACUCGACAAAGGCGCAACAAAGCUACGACGAGCAGAUCUCGCGCCUCCGCAAGCUGAAUGCCGAGCAAUUGCAGAAGCAGGAACGGGCGAUGGAAGCGGCUCUGGCGGCUGAGAAGCACGCCAAUGUCGAGCUUCAGUUCUUGCAGCGUGACAUGAGGGAGGCUAAUGACCGAGCUCGUAAAAAAGAUACCGUCGCCGCUGGCCUGGCGACACCGAAGAAGGCCUCCAAAACGUUUGGCUUCGCGGAUGGCUUCGAUGACAUGGAUAUCGCUGCCAGCCCGAGCAAGGGCCAGGGCAGAAACAAGUCUGCUGGCUCUGUCGCUGCCAAUAUCGGAGAGAGAACCCCGAGCAAGGGGAAGCGAAAGCGCCCCGUGUCCGAGUCGCCCAUGAAGGCUCUCGACAUACACAUGGGCGAUGUCGAGAUGAUGGACACCAAGCCCAUAUCCCAACCGGCGUUGCAGCAGCCUGUCAUAGUAGCCGCUCCCACCGCCCCCUUUGAUUUCCUGCAACUUGUUCUUGACCAUGGCUUCGCCCAAGGACAACCCCCGACCUUUGACAUUCUCUCGCGCAUCUCUUUUCCUUCCGACCCAGCAGUCUCCUUUUCCACCCUCAUUUUCGAGAGACUCCCCCUUAUGGGCAACCCCUACCAGCCAAUGCAGCUGCUUGUUGAUUUUGCAGAGCAAAUCAUCAUCCUCUGGACCCGAUGCUUUGAGGAGCGGUUUUGGGAACCUAUCAAAUACCUCGUGGCGCUCAUCUCUUUCACCUUUCAGCUCAACACCUCGUCUGUUGCGCCCCUCAUCAUCCCCCGCCUUGUGCCCGUCGCCCAGACCACGAUAUUCACCGUGGCAGAAGGGCUCUCGCGGCUCUCCGAUGCAACGACGGCCAACAACGACGAUCAGGCUCUCUUGGAACAGCACAUUGACACCACCCAUAUGCUCUCGCUACUCCAGACUGCGUCCUUGGCCUGCGCAACCGUACCGACCGAGGUUGAAGACGGCGCUAGAUACACCUCUCCUGCAUUUUGGAAACUCAUCUCUCUUGACUUUACUCUUCUUCUUUUGAUGCCCAAGCAGAAGAUUGCCGAUAUCAUUGGCAUGCUCGAUUUGCUGGCCACCUCUUCGCUGCCCGACUCCAUCGGCCCAAUCUCUGACGAGAAGGACGCGGCAUCCGUGGCGCGGGCCGUCAUUGAGCGGGUAUCUGCCAAGCUGAUGGAGCAUCCCCGUGCCACAACUACACCCGCUCAGAAAAGAAGCGUACGACUUGCCGCCCUUCGCACGCUGGUGACCUUUGCGAGGCACGAGUUUGGCGCUCAGCAGCUGGCAUCCCACGAUAACGCCAUCCCCCGCCUGGUGGCAUGCUUGAGUACAUCCAUCGACGAGCUGUAUGACCAGCCUAUCCCGCCUGGCAUUCUUCCUCCUUUACCGGAUGCCAUGACGUCUUCGUCGCUGAAGUUUGUCGAGUCUACGACUUCUGCAGAGUUAUACCGCAUCAUCUCCCAGUGCGUGACUCUCAUCCACACCCUCGCCACCGACCCAUCAACGGCCAACUUGGCCGAUAUUACUCGAAAACUGUCAUUGUCGCAUGGCGGAAGUCAGCGCUAUCUCAUUGCACUUGGAAGGUUAAGCUUUGCCGAGGAAGACCUGGUCAUGGAGGCGGGGAUUGAGGGCGAAGUGGUCGAAGCGGCGCAUGAGCUCUUGGAAAUGGCUGUGACGCCGGAUGAGGGAGAGAUUGUUAGUGAAGCUUUUGGUGCGUAA